AGUUGAAAAUAGCAAGUAAACAACCAGAAUUAGAGCUUAUAUAAUGAUAGUAGACUAAUUGUUAAAGUUAUACCGCUGAGGAAUGCAUGCGGUCCAAGGAGAACUUUGCAUCAACAGCACAUUUUGUAAGGAAUAUUAUUUAAAUUUGACRAGAACUUGACAUUUGCAGGAAGUGGAUGCCCUCAUUGGACCGUAACAAUUGAUAUCGUACGAUGUAUAGUACGACUAUGACUUCAAAGGAUAUUUUUAACUUGCAUGUUUUUGAGCAUUGGUACUAUCUAUGCUGAUAAAGUGGAACCUAAAAGUCUGGAAAACAGUGUUCAAACAUGCCACCGAUACUGCAUUUUAGUGGGUUUGAUGUUAAGAGUUAAGCUUAAGUUAAGCUAUAGUUAAGUUAACUGCACAAGAGUAUUAAUUUUAAGAAGUGAUUUUUAUAUUCAACUACUGAACAAAGAAACUGUUGAGAUGGAAGAAAAAGAAAACUCAGAAGACGUAGAAGAAGAACAAAGUUUGUAUGAUAGUAUAAAUGACUUGAUUGCACAGCUGUGGUAUCARCAUGGGUUAUUUUGCGCCUCGCAUCCUAAACUGAUCAUAUUUUUCUCAUCGAUGGUGAUCUUAACGUGCAGUGCACCACUUUUUGGAUCAUCUGCAUUCAGCAUYCCAACAACUGUGGAAAGCACAACUACAACAGCAUUGCACUCUGGGAAUGAAUCAUCUUUACCUCAUUGGUUCGAUGGCAAACCCUUUAUGUAUAUAAUCCAAUUUGUCCUUACUGCCAAGCUACCUGCAGUAUUUCCAACACAAAGUCAUGAUGGUAUACGGCAAGCAUUAAAGCCUGCACUCUACGUCACAAAUUUUAUAUCUGAUUUUAAAGACAAAGAAAGUGGGCARGGUAUGUCAGAUGUUUGUCUCAAUGUAUCCUCUGGGACUUUAAUAAGACAAAGRUCAGGAUUGCAUGUUCAAGACAGUAAAUUCUUACCAGCAUCUGGGUGUCUUUUGCUUUCCCCGGCUAAUCUAUGGAGUAGAAGUCUUGAGAGAUUUUCAAGAGACAAUGAGCUGUUUGAUGAUAUGUAUCAGAACUUUGGSAGACCAGCAUUUAAUAUCUUACUKAAAGGUAAUGAGAGGCGUUGCCAUUUACAAGGUUUUGGUCCCAAUAAUACUAUAAACUAUGCUGUUACAUUGGUAAUGACAACAAAUGAGCGCAGAUAUUUAGCUGCAUUGAAGAAAAAAUUGCAAAAUAUAUACCCAGAAUCAGUACAAUCAAGAAAUUCUACUGAGAACAAAAUUGACAAUAAAGUGCUCCAUAUCUACUAUAAGGAUGAUGGUGGUACUCUAGUUGAAUUGGGCUCAAUAAGUGUGGCUUAUUUUGUUGUCUUUCUUUAUCUUGCCUUUUCAGUUGCUAAGAUUGACAUGGUGAAAUCAAAGUGGGGAUUGGCUUUCAGUGCCGUGAUAACUGUAGUUGCAUCACUUGCCAUGGCAGGUGGUUUAUCAACUUUUUUUGGUCUUGUGCGUACCAUACACAGCAGGUAUGUGUCAGUAAGGCAUGAUGUUUUUAUAAGGGUAAUAGAUAAUAUCAUUGUGUUGAAUAAAAUUUCCAUUUAUACAGUAUCAUUUAGUUUGAUUAUUUUAGGUUUAAGCAAAGAGGGCAAAUACAUUAUGAAAAACCUUGCAACAGAAAUGUGUGUGAUCAUCUUGGGUUAUUUUACAUAUGUUCCUGCUAUCCAGGAAUUUUGUUUGUUUGCUUUCAUUGGUCUUUUGUCUGAUUUCUUUCUCCAAGUGUUUCUCUUCUCCACCAUUCUGUCUAUUGAUAUAAGAACAGACAGUCAGCUCCCCAUAUCCUACCUCCUUUACCUAUGGACUCUAUCAGGAACCCACCCCAGUGCCCUGUUAUGCCUGUCAGAAGCAAGAGACUCAAGCUUGUUAAUUUUUGGGCAAGAACCCGUAUGGUGCAGCGUGCCUGCAUGGUGUGUGCUGUGCUGUAUUUUAUCUACAUYRUGUUUUAUUCYGUGACACCAAGUACUUUYCGCAACUUGACGUCAGAUUCACCUGAUCAGGAAUCUGGAGAAGAAAUGUCUUUGAGCAAAAUYAUURAAAAGAUUGUUGCAGAUCAUGACAAAGGGUCUCAAAAUGUUUCCAAUAUGGCCACAGAGAAAGAACAUAACGACAUGAAAUUAUCACACAGCAAAGAUAUACCAAGUAGUAAUGAUGGUUGGACAGGUUUGACAAAGUACCAUUGGCCACAGUUGUUAAGCUACUACAACACAAGUUUGUUAGGGAGAUACAUUAGUAUCCUACCUCCUGUCCAUCUUGGCUUUACGAUUGAUCUUCCAUCAUUUACACCUAAAGAUGAAACAGCAGAUGUAAAAGCAACACCAUUCCCUGAAUCCUCAAUCCAUGGUCCCGAUCCAAAACAUAUGCCUCUUAAUUCCAGAGACCCAGAGUAUUACCUAAAUGCUCUCAAUUGUGUUGUUUUGGGUGUGAUAGUGAUGAUAGUKUUAUUCUUUGUGUGUAAAUAUCUYAAUGACUUGCAAAUUCGGCCAAAGUCAAGGUCCUUCAGAGAGGUAGGACUUCAAUAUGAAAACUUGGUCGAAGCUGUACCUCUGAGCCUUAGAGGUCACCGUCAGAAUGUGGAACACAUGAAGUGCACUGCAUCAAGCAUAGUGAGUAUUUGCUUGAGUGGUCAAGUUCGAGUUUGGAGUAGAACCACUGGGGAAUGCCUUAGAGUUAUCCAAAGAACCAGUGAAAUUCCUUCAUCUCGACAAAGAUGUGUCACAAAAAAGAAGCUUAAAUAUGAUUCUGAUAAAACGCAUACAAGAUCAAAGUACGUCAAAAGUCUAGAAAAUGGCCAUGGUGAUACAUCAAUGAAUGCCUCGCUACCAGAUGUUUUGUUAUAUGGCAACAACGCUGAAUUGGAUAGCUGUGUUGAGGUCAAUGGGCAUCAAAGUCCUACAGCUAAAGAGCCAGGCAGCCAAAGCCGCACUGGUUCUGUAAGUUCUUGCGUAAGCGAGAAUUCAGGUUAUGAUUUUGGACCAUCGUGCCAAGGUGGCUCUCCAAAGAUAACAUCAUUUGGGUCGUUACAGUCACUGGAAAAUUCUUGGUCAAGUGAGGAAGACCUAAUAUUUUCUGGCUCUGAUGAGCAUUUAAAUAGUACACAAAAUGGCACACUAGAUGAAUUCAGAUCAGCUUCUGUGUGGURUCUUGAUUGUAAAGAUGAUAUCUUGGCGACAGGAUGCAGUGAUGGAGUUGCUGAGCUUUGGAGUCUCAGCUCGGGGAGKCAACUUUGUCUUUACARCGAAAAAAGUAGUGGUAUUACAARUGUUGCAUUCCUUCCUGAUAGUCCUGUUUUGGUCCUGKCUCGACUGGAUGGUACUUUGGAUUUUUUGACUCUCCUUGAUCCUACAAUAAGUACCAGAAACAACAUUGCACCUUUCAAGCGUUCUUCUCCUAAAGUACAAUGUAAAAAUCCAAGAAAUAAUUCAGCUUCCAGUGACACAAGUCCUGUGCAAGCACAUUCUGUUCCCAUUAGAUGCAGCUUGACACAUAGAGUGCGGGCUCAUCAUCAACCUGCAAGUGUUAUGGUUGUUACUAAAGACAAUGUCAUCACUGGGAGCCACGAUAGGACCUUGAAGGUGUUCCGAACGCACGACGCCGCUCGUAUCUUCACUCUUCACGGUCACAGAGAUGGUAUAACCGCUUUGACUGUUCUACAGAAUGAACCAAACUACGCGAUAAGUGGUGCAUCAAACGGCGGCGUACGCGUGUGGGACGUUACAACUGGAGAAUGCCUUCUACACUUACGAGGUCACACAUGCUCAGUGAUAGCCCUUGCUUGUACAAAAGACCACAUCAUUAGCACAAGCAUUGAUAAUUCUAUGUGUAUAUGGGACAGACGAAAAGGCAAAUGUCUUCACUACAAACUAAAACAGUUUCCAGAUUUCUGUUCAAAUAUGGUCAUGAUGUCCAGUAACUUGUUUGUAACUGGUGGACAGGGUUGUAUUGCAUUGUGGGAUCUUCAUACAGGCAAGCAGAUCAAAACUAUUCCUUUGGAUGGUGGUGAUCGCUCUGUUAUUGUACGGAAUAUCAAUGUCAGUGACUCUGCUAGCAUCGUAUGCAGCUACGGAAAAGAACUGCGCAUUGUUACGUUUCCCUUCGUAAUGAACAAAGUGGAGUGAUAAUUUUAUACAAUUUUAUACACAUAGCGUUAACAUCUAUUUUAGUGACUCUGCUAGCAUCGCAAGCAGCUACGGAAAAGAACUACGCAUUGUUACGUUUCCCUUUGUAAUGAAGAAAGUGGAAUAGCAAUGUAGAUAUAUAGCAGAUAUAUUAUUUUCGACAACAUCUACGUCAUCUACGUAAGUGACGAUUCGUAAUCAGCUAUCAACAACAUUAAUGCGUGUAUUAUCAACGUCAUCAGUAGUUAUAGACAGUAGGGCCGCCAACGUCUGCUAUAUCUACGGAAAUGUCUGAGCUGCGUAACACUACGCAUUUACAUAUUGUUGAAUUAUGGUAUAUCGAAACCAAUAUGAACAAGGACAGAUCCAGUAUGGUCUAGCACGCAGUYUCGCGUGAAAGCAACUAAUGUUCCUCAKAAGAAGGACAAGCUUCUCARUKUUUGUCGGUAUCUGACCCAAGAACUAAAAGACAACAGACUUYUGUAUAACUGAAAAAUGAAGCACUGAAAAAAUCAAAGCAUUUUAUAGUAUAUUUGUGUGUAAUAAAUAUUAUCUGAGUGGUC